UAUUUGAACACAGCGCGCUCUCUGACCUCAAUCUCUCGAGAAAACGCUCGAGUGAUCUCCCCAGCAGCCCGGAGAGCUCGAGCCUCGGUUUUGAAUUGAAACGUCGCUCCUGCUUUGCAUAAGCAGCGGUCUCGCGCAGCUGAUUGGACCGCUCGCGGGAUUUUAAUCUGCAUCUUCUUUUCAUGACCACCACGCUUCGUCUUCUUCACUCCCUCCUCCUCCUCCUCCUCCUCCUCGUCCUCAUCCUUCAUGAGGGGGAGCAGCCUGCGCGCCGCUCAGACGUGGAGGGGAACGAGACGGAGAGGGACACCCGCCACUGACCGCGCGGGGCUUUAUUGUUAGGCCGGUGAAAUUUACGGCUCUGUCGCGUGCAUUUCUUUUUUUUUUUUUUUUUUUUUUUUACCUCGGCGCUGGGACGGAAAGGGAGGGACUGUUUGUUUGUCCGGGACUUCAAAGACACUCACACACUCACAGAGAGACAGAGAGGCAGAGAGGAAGGACAUCGAAUUGUGAGAGGAACUGGCCAACCAGGACGAGCGUGAGCCCCGGGACCUUGUAAUCAAGAAGCAAGUAGGCGUCUGCACCUUUUUUAUAGGAGGAGGGAAUGAAACCGGAUGGGGAUACCAUGGAAACCACGGAGCCCACUGAAGCUGCAGCUGUAGCAGAGCCCUCUUCGUUGCAGGACAACAUCACAGAGCAAGCCCCUUCGCAACCAGAAGAAGCGGCGAAUGACGCGGCAGCACCCAGGGCUGCCCCGAAGGCCAACGGCAAGCCGGCGGCGGCAGACCCCAAAGUCAAACCGACAGCCGUUGCGACUAAAAUGCAGCACGCAGCCAAGUCUGCGGGGGCCUCCGGAUCACGUCCAGGUACCGCCUCGCACCGCACGGCGAAUGACGUCAAAUCCUCCAACCAUACUUCUGCAGCCGCAGUCAAGAAAACGGCGACUACAGCAAAAGCCCCGGCGGCGGGGGCCGUACCUAAAAGACCGGCGGGAGGGGCAACGUUUUCCUCCACGGGGAAGAACCAAUCUAGAGUGCCUGACAAGAGGCCUGUUGGACCGGCCAGGACUACCUCUGCUGCUGCCGCCACGGCAACAAAUAGUACCAAACCAACAACAGUGAACGGCAUUCCUAAGAAGAGACCAGUAGCCGAGACUGUUAAUGUAGCGAGACCCAAAACCACAGCUACUGCCAGCAGAGCGGCGGCGUCCACUGCCCCAAAACCCAGCACCUCGACCACAACAAGAGCUGUUGGUGCCAGCGUUUCAAAGACCGCCAGGCCUGCUACAGGUCCCUCGACUUCUCGACCUGCAUCCACGACAUCCAGGCCCACCACAUCCACAGUCAAGCCCUCCACCACUGCAACUGCCAAGACCACUGCCUCCAGAGUCACCACAGCGCCCUCUACAGGCAGGACCACAGCAGCACAGCCUACCAAAACUGCUGCUGCUAAGAAAGAUGUCAGUCGACCACUUUCUGCAGUGGCAAAGAAACCUACCACAACGUCCACUGUUACCAAAAAACCUGAACCCUCUAAACCCACAGCCACCGUAAAGCUCAACUCCGCCUCCAAAUUGUCGUCGGCCGAGAAGUCGGCAGACCCCAAAAUGCCACAGUCCAAAACUCCUCAACCUGCGAGUUCUACUCCCACAAAGAAACCUGUAGCGGCGGUUCGGUUCCUCGCCCACAACAAGCUGCCGCUCGGUCGAACCCCACCCGCCUCUCCAGUCACCAAACCUGCAAGCAGCAGCACCCCUCAGGCAAAACGUGGAACCAAACCCACUCAGGCUGUCCCGCCUUUCACCGCUGCCAAGAAGACGGGGGUUUCAAAUACUACCAAACCUGCUGAAGAAGCACAGAGAGCUGCAGGAGGAGGAGCAGCAGCAGCAGCAGCAGCAGCAGCAGCAGCAGCGACUGUGCUAGCAGCAACACAAACGGAGGCUACAGCGUCUCUCCCACAGGGAUCAUCCCUCGCUGCCUCCGCACCAGAGGACGACCCUCCCCAAGUCUCGGCCCAGGAUACCCCGCCAGACGUGGUACCUCAAGAGAUUGUUCAAAGACAUGCAGCUGCUUCUUCUCCUCCUCAAAGCCCCGUCAGGACAGCCUUACCACAAACCCCUCCACCCGAGGAGCAGCCAAAGAGCGACGCUCCCAUACUGUCCACACAGGAGCAGAGCCCUGCCCCGGCUGAGCCUUCACCACCACCAGUGGCCUGUCCUCCAGAUCUAUCCGAGGAGGCUCUUUACCUGUUAACAAACCAAAGCCCCUCCACAUCUCAAGCCCUCCCAACGGCUGCAGCAGCGGACGCCAUCCUUCUGAUGGUUCCUCACACCAAUCUAAAUGAGGAGGAGGAGGAUGAUGAAGAGGACAGGGAAGGAAGCCAGCUGGUUUCUGUGUCUGAAAUGAGCGGAACCACACAGCCCACCGAGGAGUCUCGUCCCGGGUCGGCUGGACCACCAGGAGGUUCCCCUUGGAGGGCGGGUGGCGCGUUGCUCUCCGAGCUGGACUCCGAGGAGGUAAGCGGCAGCCAGCAGGGAGCGUCUGAGCUGAGCGCCCCCGGCGUGCUGGAGGGCACGGAGAGCAUGGAUGACCUUGGAGACGGCAGCCUCAAAGGAGCCAUCGACAUGGAGGGGGCCUCGGCGGGCUCCCCCGACUUCGAGAAGGUUCCCGACAUACCGGCGAACGACUUCGACGAGGACGAAGACGAGGACGAUUACGACGACCGGGUCUGCGACAUGGACGUGGGCUCGGAGCGGGCCGACGAACCUCAGAGACCCAGGCAUGACAACGACGUGAAUGAGGAUGCUGAGGAUGAGGAGGAGGAAGAGGACGACGAUGACGUGGAGAUGGCUAGUGAGGGCGUGACCGAGAGCGGGCUGGAGAGCUAUGGGAACGCAGAUGAGGAUGACUUUGCUGAGGAUGAACGGCUGGACAACCUGAACAGAGUGGCCGAGCCCCCGCCCCCCCUCUGCUGCCCUCCGCCCCGGCUGCUCAGUGGGACCAACCGAACCCCUUUGUGGAUCCCUGGAACGAACCUCUUCAGCAGCAGCAGGGUGCCGAGCACGCCUCCCAGCCCGAACAGGUGGCGGGAGCGUCUGCAGCGAGCCCUUUGGCCGGCCCCUGGCAAGCGGACUCGGUGACCCCAACUCAGAACCCAGCCCAAGCUUGGCUAGAACUCGGCUCGGCUCCUUUUGUUCCCGAUAACCAAGAAGUUCCCCACGGUUCCUCUG